GUGCUGCUGUUCAUCUUCGUGAAACGCCAGAUCAUGCGCUUCGCCAUGAAGUCCCGCCGCGGCCCCCACGUGCCUGUUGGACAGCAUGCGCCCAAGGAUUUAAAAGAAGAAAUCGACAUUCGACUGUCGAGGGUACAAGACAUCAAGUACGAGCCCCGGCUGUUAGCUGAGGAUGACAGCAGGCUUCUGCAGCUGGAGACACAAGGCUGCUAUAACUACCUGUACAGGAUGAAGGCGCUGGAUGCGAUCAGAACAUCUGAAAUCCCAUUUCACACAGAGGGCCGGUACCCAAAGUCUUUAAUAGGGAAGAACUUCUGUGCCUACCUGCUGGAACUGCGGAAUUCCAGCGCCUCCUUCAAAGGCAUCCGCAAAGCCUUGAUCGACACCUUGCUGGAUGGGUAUGAGAGCGCCCGCUACGGCACUGGGGUCUUUGGGAAACCGGAAUAUCUUAAGUACCAGGAUGCUCUGAACGAGCUGGCGAACAUGACCAAGGCCCGGGGAGGCAGCAGCCAGCGGCAGCACCAGUCGGCAGCGAAGGACCUCACCCUCUCCCCUGAAAUCUCCAACCCCGCCACCAUCCAGGUCACCUACCUGCCUUCUAACCAGAAGAGCAAACGUGCCAAACACUUCCUGGAGCUGAAGAGCUUCAAGGACAACUACAACACGUUGGAGAGCACCCUGUGAGCCGUGCAGGGAGCACCGCUCUGGGGACCUGCCACAAGCAGAGCCCCUUGCUGGGUGCAGC